AUGUCUGCUGUCAAGUUCCAGUGUCCGCCCUACAAGCUUUUCGAGCCUGAAUACCAUCCCCAAAAGCCAAUAAUUGUUGGAGUGGACGACAGGCUCGAGUCGCCUGACACGCUCACGCUUCGUUACGAAGAAGCUGCUCGAGCAGCGAACGGGGGAGACCCAAGAGGGGACUCCCCUCCUAGGCUCUUGGAGAUGGCGACCUACACCAAGGCACAGCUGCCCUCGAUGCAUGCCGGUUACGAUGCAACUCGAUAUCAGGAUGCCAGCUAUGAGCAGUAUUCGGCGCAGUCGUUCCCUACACAGCAACAGACUGAAAAGUUUGCCCAGCUGAACCAGCAAAACUUUGCGUCCAACAAUGCCGCUGUUCCUCAGUAUAUGCCUGCGGGCCCUACGGUGCUGUCAUGCCAACCUACGACAGGUAUGGUAGGAACCAAGAUCUUUAUCAAGCUCUCCUCGCAGUACGAUCUAUUCUCGCUCUCCUCGCCGAUGCCAAUAUGGUUUCUCCUGUUUGGGUCAGAGAAGUGCACAGCGCAGGAUGUGUCCAGAGAUGUGCAAGACAGCUCUGGAUUUCUUUAUACCUGCAGUGGAGAAGCACCGCAAUUUUUGGUCACAGGCUGCGCCAACAGCAACGUGCCGCUGUCACUCCUUCUCGAAGGGCCUUCGGGAGAAGAGAUCUCGCGGACCGUUGUAGGCACUUUUCAGUAUUUUGAAGGGUCGGGAGAUGACAUCACGCGGUCAACUAAGAUACCCAAGCAUGAGGACGCGGCACCUGCCCCUGCAGUAGAUCAGCCGAGUACCUCGCCCAAGGCUGGCGAGCCUCAGCUGCCAUCGGAGCCUCCUACAAAUACCUACGAGUAUCCAGCUCAACAGGGACAGUAUGGCAACACAUUUACGCAAGGAAAUAACGAUAUGCUUAGCACAUACAGGAGCACGAGCUUCACCGACCCUCACUACCACCGGCGUCCGGCGGCGACGGCGGGAUGGAGCCCAUACCCGAGCACCCUGGGGAGCACGGGGAGGAACUCGGCGGCAGGCUUGGACCCGACAAUGGCGGGACGCCCAAACUUGACGCCACUGCCGAUACCAUCCUCAUCUCAGUCUGGCACACCGCAGUUGAUUCGAACAAGCACCAUCGCCAACAGUGCUGGAAGCAACUCGAGCUACCAUCCCAUCUCUCUUUACUCGAGCAAGGCGGUGCUCAAGAUUGCGGGAAAGUUGGAGACCAUGGCGGAGAACUGGACACAGGAGGAGUGGGAGAACCGUCGACGCAUCGUCCUCUUCCGUAAGACUCAGAGAGGAUCGACCCUCAACGCAACCUUCCAGCCCGUGGGUGUCCAAGACAGACCCCCAAACAGUGUCUGCAUUUCGUGCAUCUGGUGGGCUGAGAAGAACGAGUGUUACGUCACUUCGGUCGACACUAUCUAUCUUCUUGAGCAACUGGUGGCCGCACCAAACCGUUUCAGCGUCGAGGAGAAGAACCGGAUCCGACGCAACCUGGAGGGCUUCCAUCCCCAAACAGUAUCCAAGGCCAAGGCAGAGAGCGAGGAGUUCUUCAAGAUCAUCAUGGCAUUUCCUAACCCCAAGCCCCGCAACAUCGAGAAGGACGUCAAGGUGUUCCCGUGGAAGAUUCUCGAGUCAGCUCUCAAGAAGAUCAUCGGCAAGUAUAGCGCGAGCCCCAGCAGCACACUCCCGCCCGCCAACGUCAUGAGCCAACCGAGUGCUCCGUACGCUCCGCUUCCCACGCCUCCUGGACCGGGCAUGGCUUCACACACCGACCCUCACCAGCAAUACUCCCUUCCCCAGCACCACGACUCGAUUCCCUCUCCCCGGUCGCUAUCGGGUUCUCAGCCAAGCUGGACCCCAUAUGCCGCAGCACCAGGAUACUCGACAACCACCUCCCGAACCCUCAGCCCUGGCCUACGCAACUCCAGCCCACAGCAGCCGCAGCCGCCCCUGCGCAUCACCACCACGCCCCUGCCGGCGGUUUCGACUUACGACAGCCGAAGUGGAGGAUAUGGGGCGACAGGAUUACACACGCCGAUUAGCCACCACCCGCCUGCUGCGACGCCCCCAAGAUGGGACCCUACGCCCGCAACAUAUCCCGAGAGCUACCCCAGCCUGACAUCGCAGACGGCUCAGCCAGUCUACAGCGCAGGAGGAUAUGGCGAGCCGGCACCCAGGGCAUGA